GUCUCUGAUCCUCGCAAGCCUUCGCACCAGCGAAAGGAGGCACCAGCAUUGCCGGCCACAGAGAAGUCUCGGCGGUUGGAGAAGGCACUGACAGGCGAGCUUCCCGAGCCGGUCAGCUGGGCCGUAGCAGAGAGUCAGGCAAACUGGGCCGUGGACGAUGUGCUGCUUGAUCUGAGCAAAAAGGACCAGGACUUGUCCGAGUUGAUCCUCCCA